CUUAGAGGAAAUCCUAGCUUACGGCCUGCGCUCUACCACAUUAGCAGACCACAAUGGACGUGUUCUCGCUACUCACGCUCCCCGUAACGUCCAAGGCGUUCAGCGCGCUCCCCGCCCAGCCGCAGGUGUCGGGCGCGGCCGCGCCAGCGUCGGGCACAAGAGACUCAUCCCGGUCCGCGUCUCCCCCACGCAAGAUUCCCCGUCUGGAUGCUGCGUCUGACGCUGCUUCUGCUUCUGUCUCCAGCUCUCGCGCCGCCGCCGUCGACGCCGCUGCGGACAAGCGGGGUCCGAUCGUGCUGAGGGUCAUUGGACAUCCGAUUAGCGCUACUCCCGACUCGGCUAUCGAGGCAGACUAUGCCCUCGUCCGGCGCACGAUCCGCAUCCUCCUCACUCCCGGCGGCCCCAGCGGCCCAAGUGCCCUUCCAGCGACGUACGACCGUAUCUCACGCGCAUGCCGCUCCGCGGUGAGUGAGGCUGGAAAGGGCGAGGGCCUGUACGAGGGCGUCAAAAUGGAGCUCGAGCGUUGUGUCGGGAUCGUCGAACGCAGCCUGGGGGACGAGGCACGGAAGGGUGUCGAGUGGCUGGUACCGUUCACGGACGCGUGCGCGUGGUUUGAGAAGCAGGUGGGAUUGCUGCAAUCGCUGCUCGCGCACAUGGACACGCUGUAUGUAGCCGAGCAGACACAGCUGCCUAGCACUAGACGACUUGCAUACACCAUGUUCUCCACCUCGGUCAUCGAGAGCCCCCGCGUCAUGAAGGCCAUCACAGACGGCAUCGCCGACUGGCUCUCAUGGGAGCGCACCCACCGUAUGCCCCACGCCCUCCGCGCGCACCUCCCGCGCCUCCUACAACACCUGCACGCGCACGCGCUCUACACCGACGUCGUCGAGUCGACCUACCUCACGCUCACGCACGCCUUCUACACCACGGAGUCGAACACGCUCGCCGCCGCGGGCACGCUGAGCGCGAAAGACUUCCUCGUGCACGCGCAGGGGCGCAGCACGGAGGAGCGCGAGCGCGCGCAGGAGGUGCUGCUCGCGGAGAGCGUCGCGCCCGUGCAGGACAUGACGGACCGCGCGCUGAUGGCGGGGCGGCUCGACUGGCUCGCCAAGGACGGGCUGGAGACACUCAUGGACGCGCGGAACGACGCGCAGAUCAAGAAGAUGUACAAGCUGUUCGCCAAGGUCGGCGGGCUCAGGGUGCUCAACGGCGCGUUCAAGUUCUACGUACAGAAAGCGACGAGGAGCAUCGUGACGGACGAGGAGCACGACGAAGAGAUGAUCCCGCGCCUGCUCGAAUUCAAAGCCUUCUGCGACAAACUCGUCGCGCACGCCUUCGUCGACGAGAUCGCCCCCAUCGCCUCCUUACCCGCCCCGCCCUCCGCCCCGCAGCCCUCCACCUCCUCCGCCCCGCAGCCUGCGCCCCCGCCCGCCGCAACGCAUCCCAACAAAGACUUCACCUACGCGCUCUCAGACGCGUUCGCCGCGGGGUUCAAGGCGCGGCGCAACAAGCCCGCGGAGCUGAUCGCAAAGCACAUGGACCGCGCGAUGCGGCGGGGGCAGAAGGGCAAGCGCGACGAGGACUUCGCGGCGGAGCUGGACGCGGUGCUCGCGCUGUACCGCUACACGGACGAGCGCGACGUGUUCCGCGCGUUCUACCAGCGCGGGCUCGCGAAGCGCCUCCUGCUCGGGCGCAGCGCGAGCGACGACUUUGAGCGCGCCGUGCUGAAGACGCUCAAGGAGAAGUACGACCCCGAGUUCGGGACGAGCGACGGGAUGUUCACGGACCUGGCACUGUCGCGGGACCUGAUGCAGGACUUCCUGGAGCAGCAGCGGAAGCGGGGCGAGCUCGGGACGGCGCAGAAGCUGAACGUGAUGGUCCUCCAGCGGUCCAACUGGCCGUUCUCCGCGCGCAAGAAGGACAUCGACCUCCCGCGCUGGAUGCAAGACGACCUGGGCGCAUACACGACAUUCUACAAGAAGCACCACCAGGGGCGGAAGCUGGACUGGGACCACGCGCUGGGGACGGCGACGCUGCGCGCGCGGUUCAAGGCGGGCGAGAAGGAGCUGUCGGUCAGCCUGUACCAGGGAGCGGUGCUGCUGCUCUUCAACGACGAGGAGACGUACGCGUACGCGGACAUCAAGGCGCAGACGGGGCUCGACGACGGGGAACUGCAGCGGACGCUGCAGAGCCUGGCGUGCGGGAAGAAGCGGGUGCUAAGGAAACAGCCUGCGGGGAAAGACGUGCAUAUGACGGACGUGUUCCACUUCAACGCGGACUUCACGGACGCGCGGUUCCAGGUGCACAUCAACUCGAUCCAGGCGAAGGAGACGCCGGAGGAGACGAAGCGGACGCAGAGCUCGAUCGAGGCAGACAGGAAGCACGCGCUGGACGCAGCGAUCGUGCGAGUGAUGAAGGGGAAGAAGGAGCUGGCGUACGAGCAGCUGAAGACGGCGACGAUCGAGGCCGUGCGCAAGCACUUCGUGCCCGAGGUGAGCAUGAUCAAGCAGCGGGUCGCGAGCCUCGUCGAGCAGGAGUACCUCCGCCGGGACGAGAACGACAUGAACCGGUACAUUUACGUUGCCUAGGCGGUGUGCGGAAGCGGCGGCUGGGCGAAUAUAUGCGGAGUGGGUGUU